UUGGUGCAGAAUGACAGAGAUCAGCUGUUCUUCUCUGGCUUCAGCUCUGAGGUCAAACCCCUCUCAUCUGAGAGAACUGGAUCUGAGAAGAAACUACGACCUGCAGGACUCAGCAGUGAAGGACCUGUGUGGUUUUCUACAGAGUCCAACCUGUCGACUGGAGACUCUGAGAUUGGAUUGGUGCAGAAUGACAGAGAUCAGCUGUUCUUCUCUGGCUUCAGCUCUGAGGUCAAACCCCUCUCAUCUGAGAGAACUGGAUCUGAGCUUCAACGACCUGCAGGACUCAGGAGUGAAGGAGCUGUGUGGUUUUCUACAGAAUCCAACCUGUCGACUGGAGACUCUGAGGUUGGGGGGCUGCAGUCUGUCAGAGAUCAGCUGUUCAUCUCUGGCUUCAGCUCUGAGGUCAAACCCCUCUCAUCUGAGAGAACUGGAUCUGAGCUACAACUGCCUGCUGGACUCAGGAGUGAAGGAGCUGUGUGGUUUUCUACAGAGUCCAACCUGUGGACUGGAGACUAUGAGGUUGGUGAGCUGCAGACUGUCAGAGAUCAGCUGUUCUUCUCUGGCUUCAGCUCUGAGGUCAAACCCCUCUCAUAUGAGAGAACUGGAUCUGAGCUACAACUACCUGCAGUACUCAGCAGUGGAGGAGCUGCUUGAUCUACAGCAGAGUCCAACCUGUCGACUGCAGAGUCUGAGGUGGACGUCUUCGUGGAGGUGAGUGUGAAGAGGACAGUGUGUGUGAAUGGAGGCUGAGCUGUGUCCUGAGGAUCCAGAGGCUGAAGCAGCAGCAGCUUGUGUGUAGAGGGGCUCUGACUGGGACUUGCUGCUGGAAGGCAGAGUGGAGACAGAGCUCCAGAGGAAUCAGAGGAGGUUGUUGUAAUAUGUAACUUCACCACUAGAUGGUCCUCCACGUUUUAUACAAACGUAGAUGAGGAUUCUUGUUCUACGUUCUCGACCAUCACCUCAGAACAACCACCAGGGGGAGACUGUAGCAGGCCUCUGGGAACAGCAGCAUGCUGGGAAAUAAAUGAUGAUGGGAGGUUCACAGCAGAGACAAGGGACAGAAAGUGUCUGAGAGAUGAUGUCCUGAAGACAGUGGACAUUUUUGGCCUGUUGUGUUAUGACCAGUUUGUGUUAUUUUGUGGAGACACUUGUCUUAACUUAUACUCUUAUAUUUAUAGUUUAUAGUAUGUCCACUUUGGACAAUUCCAAUGCAAUAGUUGUUAAAGACUUAAUGAAAGCAGUGUUUUGAAAUGGUGUCAGUGCAAUCUGUCUUAAUAUGAGUGUGGUUGGUGGGGUUAGUAGGACAAACCUAUUGUCAUAAUGAGAAUAAGAUUCUUUUAACACUAACCCUAUAUAUAUAUAUAUUGCUAAUAUGGAUAGAAAAAAAUGUCAUGUCUUUGUAUAUAUGAAUGUUGUUCAAUAAUAAAACUUAAUGAUAAAAAUAAUGUUGAUAUGGCACACUAUUUGACAAGAAAAUUUCACAUUGGCACUUAUUGUGAAAAGGUUAGGGCCAACUUGAUGAUUUCACUUCAUUUUCAAGCCUGUCUCAGUUCUUUGUGACUUCAGGAUAAGAAAUGUUUGACAGAGUCAGUUCCUGACAGGCUCAAGUUCUCAC